CUUCGCUCUCUCUUCGCUUUUCCGAACCCUUUCCAUUUUUUCCACCCACACAGCGGCGGCGAGGGUUUCCGAUGGAGAAUGGAGACGAGACGUUCGCUUCCCCCACCGCCGGCGGCGGCGGCGGCGAGUUCGAGCAGCCGCUGACCAACGGCGGGGGAGGAGGAGGGGGCGGAGGGGUGUACCCCGCCGCCAAGGCCUACGACGCGGGCGAGUUGGACGCGCUCCGCGAGGCGAAGCGCGACCUGGAGGACAAGCUCGCCGCCGUGGAGCACGAGAACCGGUUCCUCGGCGCGGAGGCGUACCGCCUCGAGGGGAUCGUGUCGCAGGCCAGGGAGGACAUCGCCACCGCCGAGCACGCCAUCGCCGCCUCCGAGGGGGAGGCCGCCUUGCUCCGCGACGAGGUCAAGCGCGUGAAGGAGCUCCUCGCCGCCGAGAAGUCCAACCACGAGGCCGAGCGGCGCAGGGCCGCGGACCUCGACGCCGAGCUGAAGGGCGUGCAGAAGGAGGUGGCGGCCCUCGAGGAGGAGAUCAAGGCCCUGAAGGCAUCCGCCGCCGCCGCCGAUGCAGAGGAUGAGGAUGAGGCUGCUGCUCCCGCGACGCCAUCUAAGGAAGCGGAGGUAGGUUAUCACGGGCUGAUGGCAGCUGCCGCCGCUGGAGCCGCCGCCACGGCCGUCGUUGCGGUGGUCAUCCUUCACCUGAAGAGGUAAUCUGGUGCUGUGACGCGUAAGAAGUUUUGGUCUGCUGCUAUGGCUUACAUGAGAUUGGAUUACCCCCUUUUGCCGUGGUGCUGGUAUUACUGGAGGUAAUAUUACUUUAGCAUUCCACUCGCUAGCAUUUAGAGUCCUAGAGAGGUGGAGACUUAUCGUGAGUCCGUUUCGGUUCUGCAUCCUCACAUGGUAAUAAGAAUGUCAAGACAAUUCUGAGUGAGACGCAUGUGGUUGUGUUAUGUUAUGUUAUUUUGGUGCUGUACUGAUUUUUAAUUCUGUCCCAUGGAUUCUUGCAUUGCUCUGCUGUUUGUGUGUGAAAUUACUACGAUUGCAGAAUUAAUGACCUACAUCAAGUUCAGAGUA